UUUUUUUUUUGAAAGUUUGCUGGCAUUGUUUCUCAUCUCUGCACAUCGAUUUUGGUUGAUGACGCGGUCUAACCAAGAUGGACACGGGUUGUCUAAUAGAUAACAGCUUCACCCUCUCAGUCUAAAUGUAGAGAUUUUUUAUUUUAUUAUUAUUAUUCUAUUUAUUCGGUGGAUGUAAGCGCAUGUGGAUCCUAUAAUGAACAUUUUCCCACUGAAGUUUCGGUGAACUUUCCUCCCCCUCUCCCUCCCUCCCUCCCUCAACCCCCCAAAAAAGACUCGCCAUGUCGGGAGUGGUCCGCACCCUGAGCCGCUGCCUGCUCCCGGCCGAGGCCAGCAGGGACCCGGCCAGCAGCAAGGAGGGGAGCCGGGAGAGGGACGCAGCGCAGGAGCGGGAGGCACGGCGCAGGAGCCGGGAGAUAGACGCGAUGCUCGCCCGGGAGAGGAGAGCUGUCCGGCGGCUGGUGAAGAUCCUUCUGCUCGGGGCCGGAGAAAGCGGAAAGUCCACAUUCCUCAAACAGAUGCGCAUCAUUAAUGGACAAGAGUUUGAUCAGAAAGCACUGCUGGAUUUCCGGGACACUAUCUAUGAUAAUAUACUGAAGGGCAUGCGUGUGCUGGUGGAUGCCCGGGACAAGCUAGGCAUCACCUGGCAGACCUGUGAGAACGAGAAACAGGGCAUGCUGGUGAUGUCGUGGGAGGGACGCGUGGGCGCCACGGGGGUCGAGCCCAGUGAGUUUCAGCUGUACGUGAUGGCGCUGAGUGCACUCUGGGCAGACACCGGCAUUCAUGAGGCCUACGCACGACGCUCUGAGUUCCAACUGAGUGAGUCGGUUAAAUACUUCCUGGAUAACUUGGAUCGCAUAGGUCAACUGAACUACAUCCCAAGCAAGCAGGAUAUUCUGUUCGCGAGGAAGGCGACAAAGGGGAUCGUGGAGCACGACUUUGUCAUCAAGAAGAUUCCUUUCAAGAUGGUGGAUGUUGGAGGUCAGCGGUCCCAGAGGCAGAAGUGGUUCCAGUGUUUCGAUGGGAUCACGUCGAUACUCUUCAUGGUUUCAUCAUCCGAGUAUGAUCAGGUCUUGAUGGAGGACCGCAGGACAAACCGUCUGGUUGAGAGUAUGAAUAUCUUCGAGACGAUUGUAAACAACAAGCUCUUCCUCAACGUGUCCAUCAUCCUCUUCCUCAACAAAACAGACCUGCUAGUGGAAAAGAUUCGAAUAGCAGACAUCCGCAAGCACUUCCCUGAGUUCAGAGGAGACCCGCGCCGGCUAGAGGACGUACAGGCAUUCCUGGUGCAGUCGUUCAGCCGCAAGAGGAGAAACCGAGGGAAGCCGCUGUUCCACCACUUCACAACUGCAGUGGACACAGAAAAUAUCCGCUUUGUCUUCCACGCCGUGAAGGACACCAUCCUGCAGGAAAACCUCAAAGAUAUCAUGCUGCAGUGACCUUCACGCUGCAGACGACGACUUCUCUGACUUUUAAACUGUGAAACCAGCCAUGAAUGAUCCAGGUCGGUGAAGGCCUGGGUGCAUUUUAACACUGACCUGUGGAGCAGUCAGUUGACCCACCGAGUGGAUCUAACUGAACUUUGAACUCUGAACCUGUGGAGCCAUGACUUUGGACCAGUUGGCCCCUGUUGGCCCCCCUGUGGAAACUGCAAGGGUCUACAAGGACAAGACCCUGCAUUUAACCUGUAUAAAUGUGUGUUGCUGGAAAGACAGUCACAUUCUUCUACUUCUUCUUGUACAACUCUCGCCUUCGUGCACAGGUUAAGAAAUGUUUAAAAAAGGAAAAAAGAAAAAAAAAAUAGAGAAAAGCACCCACUACAUGACACAGGCACUGAAAGUGUUAUUUUCUUUGAUGUAUAUAAGACUAAUGACAACCCUGUCACUAAACCAAGUCAGACUGCUGCCGGCUGAAAUCCAGUAAGUUCAAACUGCGAAAGCAAGAAGCAGGAGGGAAAGGGAGGGAAAGAGAGGGAAAAGAAAGAAAGUUUAGAGAGAGCUGAAGAAUGUCUUGUCCUAAUAUACACGUGACAGAGGAAGAGGGGUGAGGGUUUGGGCCCGUACUGGUCAUAUGCUGUGUUAUGUGAUAAGGUUGCACAAGUGUUCCUGUCAAUGAACUUUAACAGAGGAAAGAUAUUAUCUCUCUUAUACUCCUCGUUCUCUCCUGUACUGUCUUCUCUCUGUUUCUCUCUCCUCCUUCCCUGCUUGUAUUUAUUCUCCUUAUCCCACCAUCAUAGGAGAGAUGAACAGCUGCAGAUAGUAAGACUUAUCCUCUCCUCUCCUUCCCGGCACAAUUGAGAGAUUGUUCUUCUCUCUCUCUCCGGCAGAAACAGUUAAACGGUUAAAUUAGAGACUCUUCUUGGGUUAAGGAAAAAACGCACAUGCAGAAAUACACACAGUUCCUGGUGUUGCAUGAAUUAUGGUUCAUCUCUCUCCUUAUGCCUUUCUUCUCUUCUCACCAACAUCCCAGUAGAUGAACCACAAUAACCCAGACUUAACCUGAAGCAUAUUAUAUGUGUCCCUUUUACAAGAAGGCUUAGGCAUAUGGUUACACUGUUUGGUCCUGCUCUUUUGUCAUGUGAACGUGAAGGGAACAGCAGAGAAUGACAGGGUGAACUGUAUAUGACCUUAUUCCCAUGUUGCUGGCAGCCAUUUUGGACUUUUGUAGCAGUCAGGGUGGGACGGGUGGGCACAAAACAGCAACAAGUGAUGGAAAUAAUCCACACUGAGCAAAAACAAGAGUGAAGUUAGCAAACGUAUACCAGUGUUGGUGAUGCUUCAUUUUAUAGGUCUGUAAAAAAAAAAAGUUUCUUUAAUUACAGAGAAAGUAUGAAUUUAAUUGAAAUAUCCACUUCAUUAAAACUCAAAUUCAUGAGUAAAUAAUCAUUCAUUAUUCAUUAUUUGGACAUUUAAUUCUCUGGAUAAAUUGAAUUACUCGCCUAAAGACAAAUUUCCCAUUAUGCAUAUUCACAGUCGACUUGCUGCGCUUUGACUGAAAACUCCAGCAAGGUUAAACUAGCAAAUAAUUAAUAAUGUUUACUAAUUUAGGACAUUACAGACUCAUAAAAUAAAGCAUUACCCAAGUUGUCUGGUAUUUUCUAUUUGAGGACACUUCUGACCAACACCAAGCAAUACAAUAGACUAUAUAGACAAUAAAUGAUCCCCCAUGAAUCAUUUUAACUUUGUUGUAGACAAAAAAACCCAAAACUGAUUAAUGGAUGAGUCGAUCCAUCCAAAAUGCAUCAACUCUUAGUCAGUUUAUUGUUUAUAAGUCAUCAAGCAAACACUCAAUAUUUCCAGCUUCUCAAAUGGGCUCAACUUGCUGGUUUUCUGUAUGUUUGGUUAUAAAAUGUUUGAAUUUUGGACUGUUGGUCAGACAAAGAUAGUAAUUUGAAGAUGUCAUUUUGGGUUCUGAGGCAUUGUGUUCACUAUUUUUGGAAAAUUUAAAGCUGCACUAAUUGAUAUAUUUAUUAUUAACUAUGGCAAAAAAUGACAUUGUAUUGUAGCAGAGUCCCUUGUAGUGAUUAUUGGAGAAUUAUGACCCAAAUAUGCAAUUACCCUCAGCUCUAUGGAGCAUUUUAGCAUUUUUCAGCUUGUUGUUUCCAUUUGUAGCAGGCAGCUGUUUUCAGCAACAGAAAAAAACCCUUAUAAACGCACUGUAUACUACCUGUCCAGCCCCAAGCAACAGACCGUUAGCAGCUUGCUAAUGUAGUGGAGCAUUUAGCAGCUAAAGAGUCAGAUAGUCCCCUCAGGAGUUGGGAGAGAUCAAACCUAAAAACUCAAAGGAGAGUUAAUAUUUGACAUAUGUUCACCAGGUGGCCAAAAGCUGUUAGAUGUGUAAAUAAAUGACUGGUUACUAACACAUUCAUUGAUAAUACGUCAAUGUUUUACAGCCUGUUACCCCCUAAUUAUCAGAAAAUCAAUAAGGUUGAAAGACCAAAUGACCUAUGAAUCAAUCAAACAAUAAACCACUGAUUAGUCACUAUUGAAAGCACUAUAUAUGCCUGUUUCACCAGUGGCAGUUAACUGGUAAUGUUGCAUCAAGUAAUGUUGCUAUGGUGACUUGCAGUUAAAUAUUUCUUAUGCACUGAUUUAGAUCUGUGGUAAACUGUUCACCAGAGCUAUGUUUGAGGUUUCCUGCUACAUGACUUUAAUGGAUAACUGCAAGCACAUCAAAAAUGUGUAUUUUGAACCCCUAUUGUUGAACUUUUGAACUCUUAUAAUCAGUUUCUCUCUGAUAUGUGUAUGAAUCUAUGAAAUGAGAUUUGAUUCCCGGCAUUCACAUGAUGUAGAUUUUGGUACGCGGCACUAGGACACAGCUGCUCUUCCCACCCUGAGUAUUAAGUCCAAAUGGCCUCAAGAGGAAUGAGGCUAGUCAUAAGCACUUCCACACACCUUAUUAUAAUACUGUAUUAAACUGUGUAAUUUAUAUGUGUUUGUGUGUGUUUGCAUAGUGACAUUUUUGUGCAUGUUCAUACGUCCUGUACAUAGAAUACUGUAAGUGUUUGACCAACACUGUGUGUGAAAACCUUACCAUACAAACACCACUCUGUCUAACAGUAUCACUGUAACUGUAACGUUGCUGUAGCAUUUUUGUCGUUAUCACUAACCUACCUUUUCCACUCACAUGAGUUUUUCUACACGUCGUCAUUGCACUGGAUGUGUCUGCGAGAAAAAAAAACGACCAGCAAAGGAAAACGUCUGAAGGAAAAAACGAAUUUAAAAAAAAAAAAUGAAACAAACAAACAGACGGCAGACUUUGAAAGGCGAGCAGGAUGGAGGCAGAGGAUGAAGAGAGCGAGGGAGGUCUCUCACUCGCUUUACCCGUUUGGUCUGGUCUUUUUUUUUUUUUUUUUUUGGGUCUGCUUUUGUUUUUUUGUUUCCCAGUGCCUUGGCUCUGUGCUCUGUGGUGAAAUACACUGCCGUUUGCUGA